AGCUGCUUCCAGGGCAGGGCGCGCGCGCGCGCUGUGGAGGAGGCAGGGGGCGCCCAGGCCAUCGUCGAGACUGCCAGCGUGUUCGACAACCUGAACGCCAACACGCAGAGCAUCCUGAAGAAGGGCCAAGCCUUGAGCAUGCAGUCCUGGCUCACCAGCGGCGUGUCUUCGGAGGCCACCCUGAAGGUCAAAUUCGUCACGAGCCACUUGUUCAAGGACCGCGCCAUGCAGAAGUGCGGCACGGUCUUCAGCGACUGCAGCCUGGUGCAGGCG